AUGGCGCUGCCGACUAUUCUGCUUUGCGAGUUCCGAACCGACGCCAUAAGCGAUUGGGUCCCAGGAAAGCUCGCCCAAACGUACAAGCAACUCGAAUCGCUGACCUACAGUAUCUUGUCCAAGGAUCCGCAGCAAUGGACCGUGCAUUUCCACUUAGAGGACGGCGUGUGCGAAGGAAAGGCACUCCCCUUACUCUGGAAUAACGGAGCCUACUUUGACGAAGGCUGCCUCACUACAGGCAAACUCCACCUGUUCGCUCAUUUUGAGAGGAUUGGCGCUAGAAGCUUUACCAGUUCGCAGCCUCGAACUGUCAGCACUGCAGCAUCGACUGUGGUCGACACGGGGACUUCCUCUCGGCCAGCUACCCAUUCCAGCUCUUUGACGAUGAUGGAUGAAGUUGGCUUUUCGCUCGGCGGGCGACCAAUAUUGCAGUCUAUGCCGUUGCCCUUGACCAUUCCACAAAAGCGGAAGCGCCAUCUGGUACAGGAUCUGUCAUCAGAUUCAGAGUCAGAGGAAUCUAGAGAAACCCACUUCCUUCUCAGCCCAAGCGAUAACGGAGCCGAGACCGAGUCAAACGAAGAAGGUGAUGCGGUCGCUGUACAGCCCCAAAUACCACCCGUCUUCAAGUCCCCGCCGCUUCCGCUAAGCGCUACCCCUACCCAGCAUGCGAUAGACUUCAAAGCUUGCAUAACUGUAAACGCAGCUCACGGAAGCUAUGGCCAUAAGCACAACUGGGACGACAUCAAAAAGGCAUACCAGUAUAAAGUAGCGCAUGCUCGCCUCAUCAAAGGGAUAUACGGUACUCCAUCGAUUGUCACAUGCGACCGCUGCCAGAAAGAAGGACGCGAAUGCCGCAUAUACCAUCCGGAUCUGAAGGCAGCCAGGGCUGCACCGGGAGCCUGCGGCGAAUGUCGCCUCCAUAGUAAUACUUGCACCAUGGGUGGCCGCGGUCAUCGUAACUCAAAGAAACGACUUUCGAGCGCACUUCCGGAAGCUCCUCCCGCUAAAAUGCCCCGGCUCAGCAGUACCAUUGAGAAAGCCAAAAUUAUGUUCUAUUGUCCAGUGGUUACCUGCCCACGGCGGUCAGAGGGCUUCAACUGUCGACCCAAUUUUGUGCGGCACGUCGAGCAUGCACACCCUGAAGUCGACUCGGCACGCCUUGAAGAGGGAAGUCGCGUCAGCGUACCCAACAAGGAGCGAUCCGUGAGCGAGUUCGCGUCGGGAUCUCAGCGCGCGGGUGGCGGAGAACGCACCUUCAUUUGCCCGGUGGAAGAGUGUACAAGCCGGGCAGCGGGAGGCUAUACUCGUGGUGACCACUUCCGCCGCCAUAUUCGCAGUGCUCACCCAGAUUCCGGUACGUAA